GCGACCGGUGCCGAAGGGCGGUGCUGUCGGAGCUGCCGGAACUCGGGCGGCGGGAGCGCGCAACCCUUCGUCCUGAGCGCGCCGCGAAACGGGCUGGGCUUGCUGAUCUGACCUUCCGCGUCUCCUUCACCACCGGCUCCUCCGGGCUUCAUUCCCGCAGAGCCCAGACUCUUGCGUUGCAUCCACGAUGAGCAGCAUGAUCCAGAAACUACGGGAGAUAAUGAAGGCCAUGUCCAAAGUUCCCGGUUUUGACUCAGUUUUGGAAAAGGUGUCAGUUGUCUCUGCUGCCCCUGAAAAAGUAAUUUGUGAAAUGAAAGUGGAAGAAGAGCAUACUAACAAGAUAGGUACUCUGCAUGGAGGCUUGACCGCAACCUUGAUAGACUGCAUAUCAACCAUGGCUCUAAUGUGCACAGAAAGAGGGGCACCUGGAGUUAGUGUUGACUUGAACAUAACGUACAUGUCACCUGCUAAAAUAGGAGAAGAAAUACUGAUCACAGCACAUAUUCUGAAGCAAGGAAGAACACUUGCAUUUGCCUCAGUGGAUCUGACCAACAAGUCCACGGGAAAGUUAAUAGCACAAGGCAGACACACAAAACACCUGGGAAACUGAAGAAACAGCAGGGUGACCUGAAGAAGCCCAACAAUGCCCUAAGAGUGUGAUUUGUGAGCAACUUUCUGAAAUAAAUUAUCAAAAUCAGAA